AUGCCUUUUUGGGGGUCUGAAUUCUACUUCGCUGUUUGUCAAAAAUUUGACGGGAUCAUUCUAGUUUCUUGCGUUCAAGCGUGGUACUACUUUACCCACCAAAGCGAUCGAUGGCAGCUGAAAUUCCUGGUUUCGUGUGUCAUGCUUACCGACACCAUACAUCAAGGUCUCAUCACUCACACUGUUUACACGUAUACCAUCACGAAUUGGGGCAAUGCAACUUUUCUUGGCGAGCUCGUUCGAACACUCUUAAUUGAGGUCCUAUUCAACGGAUUGACCACGUUUAUAGUGCAAUGUUUUCUUGCAACGCGUAUUUGGCGAUUGAGCGAUGGAAAAGUGUGGCUCAUAGUCAUCGUUGCGUUACUUAUCUUGGGGGAGUUUGGAGUCAGCUUAGCUUAUACGAUCAUAUCGUUACGAUUCGAAACCUUCGCUCAACUUACUCACCUCAAGGCAUUGUCCCUCUCAACCAAUGCCCUAGCAGCGGCGGGCGACAUUGUCAUCGCCGCCUCAUUGUGCACAAUGUUACACCUCUCUCGCACUGGCUUUCACAGAUCGGAUACAAUCAUUACUAAACUCAUGGUUUUCUCCAUCAAUACAGGCCUUCUCACAAGCCUAUGUGCCUUAGCGUCCCUCGUUUCCAUCCUCGCGUGGCCGAAGACGUUCAUUUAUAUCGCCUUUUACUUCUGCAUAGGACGCCUAUAUACAAACUCUCUGCUCGCAACGCUCAACGCGCGGGGGAAAAUUCGUGAACUGUCAGACGGAAUUGAAAGCAUCAGUGGAAAUAGUAUAUCUUUGAACUCAUUGGGAAAAAACAAGACCGGAAAGAUUUCCUCUAGUCGGCAACAGCAGAAUAUCUCAAUCAUGAUUGAAACGCAAAAAGAGUUCGCGACGGAUUCUCGGAACGAUAUGGAAAAAGGUUCGGCUGUAAAAGUGGGUUCUAGAGAGCCUGAAUAUGAAUCAGCGUGA